AUGGUUAAGUUGUUCAAAAAAAAUGAAAUUAAUCAUUGCUACCGUUGUAUGCCUUUGUCUGGCUGUUGGCCACGCCCAACCACUAACGCCUCCAGCGCCAUGGAAUGCCGAGCUGAUGAGCAUUGUGGAAGAAAUGUCGCAAAUUGGCGAGAAUGCCGGCAAAGUGCUGUCGCAUCAGUACGAGGAAAUUGUCCUGGAGCCACAACAUCAGCUGGAGGAGGCCGUGCAACAGGUGGAGGCACGUCGCGAAGAGAGUCCAGAGUGUGUGGCGGCCGAAGAUGCACAGAUUGAUAGCAUUGUGGACGCAGCACAUGAGGAGUUUCAUGUUUGUGGCAUGACAGCCGCCCAUGAUUCCGCCGAAAUUGUCACCGAUGUCAAUCAGGCCACUCAGCAAUUGGUCUUUGGAGGUUACGCCCUGGGUCAAACCUACAACAAGUGCCAGAGUUAUAAGAACCCUGUCCUUAAGCAAUCCUGCAAUGCCAAGUUAACUAUUCAGGCCACCGUCUAUUUGGUCAACGCUAGCAACUCUCUCAAGACCAUCGCUCAGUCAACAAACCAACGCAUCCCCGGUGUUUUCAUCGACAGCAAUACCUGCACCCAUGUGGUCUCCGCCAAGGCCGUUGAUGCCCUGGAUGUCGUCAACGGUAAUAUCGAUGCCUGCAUUGUCAAGUCGCGCCAUUAAGCGAAUUCUUCUAUAUUCUUAUUAAUUAAUAAAAUGUGUGUAUUCAAUUAU